CAUAAAUUUUAUAUCACAACAUGGACUUUCCACCUUUCUAUGUUACUUUUAACAUAGUUCUGUUUAUUAAUCAUUAUACAGAUUGUGUUGUUGCAGAAAGCUGUACAACAUUAUUUUGGAAUAGUUCGUCAUCUCAGUAUAAGAUAAUAUAUCUAUACUGUUCAAGCGGAUGUUGUGAAGAAAACCGUUCACAGUUUUGUUGUUCGGCAGAAAACUUUAAGCAUGUAUUUUCGACAGGACAAAUAUUUGGGAUAGCAUUUGGUGCAAUAAUUAGUACAACGUUUUUCUUUGGAUUUUGUAUAUGUGUUAUCAAACUAUGUAUACUGCCUUCCAUUCAACAAAAUCGACGAAGUCAAAGUUCAAGCCACGGAACAGAGCUGGAUAACAUGAGACAACACAAUGACAUUUCCAUCAUAUCUGGUACGAACUCUUUACCUAAAUACGAAGAUUUGCCUCCUUCAUACGAAGACGCUAUUCGUGGAAGGGUUAAUUUAUCAUUUAUUAAAGAAGAGACCAGUCAUAGUCAGACAACUGCAAGUGGUCAUUCAGACACUCCAAAUUCAUGAUAUGUUUUAAGCGAAGUAGGACGCAAAGGUCAUCACAAUCAUCUAUUUUACGACAAUGCUUUCAGAAAAAGUAUUACAGAUGCUUUAUAUUUCGUGGAUUUCCGAAAUGACAUGGACAUCGAUCUAUGCUGGCAUGGAUGGAAAAUUUUACAAUGACUACAAACGAACCUUUCUUGGGCUUUGGUACUAAGUCACUCCAAGCUGGCAUGGAUGGUGGGGUUCAUACAAUUUACAUCAAUUCUUAAAUUUGUUAUGCAUGUUGAAUAUUGAUGGUUAAUGAUCGGCGUUUAUACCUUUCACUGCCAUGUCCACAAGCAAGUAUUGACUAACCAGCAACAGCAUACUAAGAAUCAGUACUAAGCAGAUCAUACUCCAUUUUGUUUCAAAACUAUUUGUUUUAUGGACGAAUAAAUCAAUUUAUUGUA